AUGCUUCUGACCACCAAGUUCCAAAUUCUGAAAGGUACAAAUACGGAUGGCGUGCUCAUCGAUUUGACACGCCUACACGAACCAAACCGCGGGGUUCUCGCGCAUUUCAAGGCACCUACGACUCCAGAAGUCUCUCAAGGAAUCGAGAAUGCUGUCCGAGAAAUAUUGGAGCGUGCAGACACAGCAGUGACGUCGGUCUCGUCUCUUAGCAUCGGCACUACUGCUUUCAUCAACGCUGUGCUCGAAGCGGAUGCACGACGACUAGCGAAGGUUGCUGUCAUUCGCCUGUGUGGACCGUAUACGAAGCAGUGUCCGCCAUUCGUCGACUUCCCGCCACGUCUGCGUGCUCUAACAGAAGGGUAUGUUGGAUAUGUUGACGGCGGUCUACAGAUUGAUGGUCGCGAAGUCCUGCCCUUGGAUGAAGAUCAGGUGAUAGAGCAGUGCAAGAUUAUUAGGGCACAAGGCCUCAAGAAUAUUGUCAUAUGCGGCGUAUUUUCACCCCUGGAUAACGAUGGAAAGCAAGAGCAAACCGCUGCCGAGAUCGUUCAACGCGCAUUAGGAGACGGAGUUAACGUUGUCUGUUCGCGUAACGUUGGACAAGUCGGCUUCCUCGAGCGCGAGAACGCGUCCAUCUUGAACGCUUCAAUCCUCACCUUCGCUCAAAGAACCAUUCGAGGUUUCCAGGCAGCCAUGAAGGCCCUCAAUCUCGCGUGCCCCCUGUUCCUCACUCAGAAUGACGGCACUCUCACGACUGCGGCGUCCGCUGCACGACUACCUAUCCGCACGUUCGCGUCGGGACCUACGAACUCAAUGCGAGGCGCCGCUUUUCUAGCCGGUCUUGACGAGAAGCAGACGGGACAGCAACGCAAGUCGAUCAUUGUUGCUGACAUUGGUGGGACAACCACAGAUGUGGGCGUGCUUCUGCCAUCCGGCUUCCCGCGACAGGCAGCGUCUUUCAUCGAAGUUGGCGGGGUGCGUACGAACUUCGCCAUGGCGGAUGUCCAGUCCAUUGGCCUGGGUGGCGGCUCCCGUGUGAAGGUGUCUGAGACGGCUCAGGGGCGCAGCGUGACUGUCGGUCCCGAUUCCGUGGGACACUAUAUUACAAGGGACGCGAAGGUGUUCGGGGGAGACGUAUUGACUACCACUGAUGUCGUUGUCGCAAGUGGCCGUGCACAACUGGGAGAAAAAAACAACGUUACCGGUAUUGACCCAGACACCGUCGAGAAGGCCAGCAAGGCAAUGAAGAAACAGCUGGAGGGAAUUAUCGAUAAAAUGAAAACAUCUCCCGAAGACAUAACUGUUCUCUUAGUUGGUGGUGGCAGUAUCAUCGCGCCAGAGCAACUGUUUGGAGUCGGGGAAAUCGUACGCCCACCUUACUUUGGAGUUGCGAACGCUGUCGUCGCCGGAGAAAUAGACACCAUAGAGAUACUGCAAGGUCGCGAUAUACACGAAGUCAUCGAAGGUAUCAAGGCUCAAGCGAUCGAGAAGGCCAUCAAAGGCGGUGCCGACCCAGCGACUGUCAAGAUCGUCGAGGUCGCUAACCUCCCUGUGCAAUACGUGACGAACCAAGCAACAAGGAUCAUCGUCAAAGCUGCGGGUGACCUGGCACCCGAAGCGGUGGCCUCCAUGUCCGCGUUUGAUAUACAGAUAAACGAUCAGGACGUGGCCAACAUAGAAGAGAACGACAAGACGGUCCUCACCGAUAGUAUUGGGGAGGAUGCAACUAUAGACAUUGAAACUUAUACGCCUGAAGUUCGACAAGAUCGCUCUUGGAGUGUAUCUGAGUUGGACCUCAAGUGGAUCGCAGACGGCUGCGGAAUAUUGGGCACAGGCGGGGGAGGCACAACAUACCCACCGUACCUCAUGGCUCGCCAACUCCUGCGCGACGGGAAAGAGAUCAUUGUCGUCGAUCCGGAUGACGUCGCUGAAGAUACGAUCUUUCUGCGCUGCAUGUUUAUGGGAUCUCCUAGCGUCUCGAUCGAGCGUGUACAAGGAGGAAACGAAAUACCCACGUCUAUUCGUAGAUUGAUGACGUAUAUGAACCUGCAAGACUUCGCAGGCGUUAUAUCCGAUGAGAUUGGAGGAGGAAACGGCAUACAGCCUAUGCUUGUCGCCGCGGAAAUGGGUAAGACAGUUCUAGACGCUGAUCUCAUGGGCCGCGCCUAUCCCAAUAUGUAUCAAUCGCUGCCUGGUGCAUUCAAUAUCCCCGGUGGGCUUUGGCCUUGUGCAAUAUCUGACGGCGUUGGGAACACGGUGGUCAUGCCCUCGGCAAGCACGCCCAAGAUGAUUGAGACUGUCCUUCGUAGUGCAACAACAGAAAUGGGCUCUAGAAGCGGUGUUAGCAUGGCUCCUCUGAGCCGUUUAAAUUGCCAAAAAUAUGGUGUUACGCGCAGUGUCUCGCAAGCGUGGCACAUUGGUCGUGCAGUCGCUCUUUGCAGAAGGAGAAACGACUUGAAGGCUAUACCCGCCGCAAUCCUAGAAUUGCAGAACGGCGCUUGCCUGUUCGUUGGUAAGAUUGUGGACGUGCAAAGAGAAGUACGCAAGGGUUUCACCUGGGGUCAAGUCACUAUCGUGCCCUUGGUGGAGGACGAGGAAGAAGAUGAUGGCUCCAUAAACGCGCCCGCGCCUGCGUAUGGCCCGGAUGACCGCCUCAUCAUACCGUUCCAGAAUGAGAACCUGUAUGCGUACUUGGCGACCCCAGACGGACAGCAGAAGAUGUUGGCUACUGUGCCGGACCUCAUCACUGUCCUGGACUCGCAGAACGGAACAGCUCUUGGCACUCCUGAUUACCGGUAUGGCUUGAGGGUGACCGUCAUCGCCAUGGCGGCCGAUCCUAAGUGGACCACUACCCCAGAAGGCCUGGCAUGCGGCGGUCCGGCUGCAUUCGGCUUGCAUGACCUUGCCUUCAAGCCCAUCGCCCAGUACAAGGAACCUGUGAGCGUCAUCACCCAGUUUGCUCCUGCCUGA